AUGUCUCAUGAUCUUCGACCAAGAAUUAGGCAUGAUUUUAUUCUGUCUAAUAGAUACGCAGUUGAUGAAUAUUGGCGAACAUUGGAGUACUGUUAUGCUGCUGCUAAUAAAAAAGCUGCUUUAUAUGCAUUUCCUGGAUCUGUGGUCCACGAGGUUUUCUGCUUCCGUUCAUGGGCAUCUAAUCGCGUAAUGACAGUUGAACAACGUGCUGAGCUUUUAAAGCAUGUAUCUAAACAUGAUCUUAGUGAAAAAAUUCCAUACAAGGAUUGUGAGAAGAUUGAAAAAGAUCUAAAUCUUACCUUGGAGCAGGUACUUAGCAUGUAUUAUAGUAAGCGUCGUCAAGGCCUUAAUCAAUUAAAUGAUGAAGAGAGUGAAAAUAAUUCACUUCAACGCAAAGGUAAUUCAUCUUGUCGCAGGAAGAAAGAUUCUCCUGAAUUCAGGCCAUCAAAAUAUGCAAGAAUUGAUGCAGAUGUUACGGACAAACACAUUGAUGAACAACAUAAUGUGGACAUUCAUUCAGAGGAGCUAGUGACCCAUGUGCAAGAGUUUGAGGAGGGUAAUUAUGAAAUUGAGGGUUCUCAAGACUGUUCUCCAUCUAUUAGCCAGUCUAUCUUAACUUCAAUGACUGCAAUAAGGCCACUAUGCCAAACCAGAUUCACAUGGUCAGAUAAAACUGACAAGCAAUUGGUGAUCCAAUAUGUUAGACACCGUGUUGUUCUUGGUGCGAAUUAUCAUCGCACAGAUUGGACCUCACUUACUGAUCUUCCGGCCCCUCCACAUGCUUGUAGGAGAAGAAUGGCUAUUCUGAAUGGUAACUUAAGACUUAGGAAAGCUGUGAAUAGAUUCUGUAGCAUGCUCAGUGAACGCUAUGCAAAACAGCUGGAGAAGGCUCAGAACUUAUCAUCAAAUAUAGAUGAUUGCAGACUGUUUGUGCAAUCCCAGUCUAGUAAAGGUGUUCACAAUAGCUUUAGUCCAGAUGUUGAAAUCCAAAAGGGUAGUCUAAAUGGAGAAGCCUGGGACGACUUCGAGAACAAAAGUAUUAAGACAGCCCUUGAGGAGAUUCUUCGCUGCAAGAUGAUGGCCAAGUUGGACGCCUCCUCACAAAAUGUUCAAUUGCAAUAUGAAAAUUGCAAUAGAUAUGAAUCUCAAGAAAAUAAAAAAACUACAUCAGCUGUUCAUAGUGAGAUUAUUCAGAGCCAUCACGGGAAACCCCAAACAUUUUCUUCCCAAAGAUCAUGUCUUGAUAUGAAAAUUUCCAAGUUUCUAAACAACAGACCCAGUGUUUAUGGACAAGUAUAUGAGUCAUUGGCUGUUUCAAAUGUCGUGGAGCUAUUUAAGCUUGUUUUUUUAAGCACCGCUACCAGUCCACUGGCACCAAAUUUAUUAGCAGACAUUCUUCGGCGUUAUUCAGAGCAUGAUCUACUUGCUGCUUUUAACUAUCUUAGAGAGAAAAAAAUAAUGGUUGGAGGAAACAACAGUCGAUUUGAACUAUCACAGCGGUUUUUGCACAGUGUUUCCCAGUCACCAUUUCCUUUUGAAAUUGGAAAGCAAGCUGUUAAAUUUUCUGCGUGGCUGAAGGAAAGGGACAAAGACCUCAACGUAAUGGGGACUGAUCUUGCUGAAAAUCUUCAACGCGGGGACACUUUUCAUUUGUUUUCUUUGAUCUCAUCAGGAGAACUUUCAAUUUCACCAAGCUUACCAACUAAUGGUGUUGGAGAAGUUGAUGAUUUGAGAAGUGGCAAGCGUAAACCUGAUGCUAAGGGUGAAAUUAUUUCUCGCCGGGAAAAAGGUUUUCCUGGUAUAAUAGUUUCUGUUCACCGCACAACAGUCUCAAGAGCUGAUAUUUUAGAUUUGUUCAAGGAAAAUGAUAACAAUAACAAUGACCAACAUUGUGAGGGGAAUUUUCAAGUUAACUCGGCCCAAAGCAGUAACUGUUCACUUACUGAUCAUAUGCUGGAAACGGUUAACUCAUGUGACCAAGUACCUGAGAAUAAAAAUCACAUUGAAUCACCAUGGGAAGCUAUGACAGAGUAUGUACGCCAUUUGAUGACGGUACCUUCCAAUCAAGAACAAAAAUGUGCUGUGUGUGCUGAGGUCUUCAUGGUUGUUUAUGAUACCAUCAAGAAGGCUGAUAACUUGAAAGUUUCUGAAGCUAAGAAAGCUACUGCCCGGUGUACCUGCCAAGGUUGA